AUGGCGCGGAAGAAGUUGCGGCCGCGGCUCAUCGCCGAGCUGGCCCGUCGCGUGCGGGCCCUGCGGGAGCAACGGGAGCGGCCGCGCGACUCGCAGCGCUAUGCGCUGGACUACGGGACGCUGACGCGGCCGCACUCGGGCCGCCGGCUGCCCGCGCGCGCCUGGGCCGACGUGCGCCGCGAGAGCAGCCUGCUGCAGCUGCUCAGCCGCCUGCCGCUCUUCGGCCUGGGUCGCCUCGUGACGCGCAAGUCCUGGCUGUGGCAGCACGACGAGCCGUGCUACUGGCGCCUCACGCGCGUGCGGCCCGACUACACGGCGCAGAACUUGGAGCACGGCAAGGCCUGGGGCAUCCUGACCUUCAAAGGACACACGGAGACCGAGGCCCGGGAGAUCGCGCAGGUCAUGCACCACGACUGGCGGCUGGUGCCCAAGCACGAGGAGGCGGCCUUCACGGCUGUCACGCCAGCACCGCCCGAGGACGCUCAGUGCCGUGUGCCCUACCCGCCGCUCCUCCGGGCCAUGAUUCUAGCGGAGCGACGGAAGAGCGGGGACACCAGCACCGAGGAGCCCAUGCUGAAUCUCGAGAGGACGCGAGAGCAUCCCUGGGACUACCCUGCGAAACAGGAGGCGAAGAAAAAGGCCAAGGCCGCCGCGGUGUAAAACGCC